UCGUCUUCCUCCCUCUCUCUCUCUCUCUCUCUCUCUCUCUCAUCUCUGAUAAAAAAGAGAGCGACACAAAAGCUCUCAACACACGUUCCCUCUUCGAAUCCCCUCCCAUCCCAACCCUCUCUUUCUCCCUCCGCCGGAAACCCUAGCCCCCUCACUCCCCAAACCCUAAUCGCGAGGGAUUCGAUCAUCCGGAUGCGCCCUUAACCCUCCCCGAUCGAGGUUUUUUGGAUCGAUCGGGGGUUUGGGAGUCGGCUCGGGGAGCUCCGUCCGAGUCGGGAGAUGGACGGCCGGGAUCCGCCGGAGCCUCCGCCGCCGCCGCGGCCGCCGCCGGAGGAGGAGGAAGAGGAAGGGCGCCGCUCCGCCGCGGCGGCGGCGGCGGCGGCGAUGGCGAAGGAGGCCGCCGCCCUUUUCCAGGGCCGGCGCUACACGGAGUGCAUUGACGUGUUGAAGCAGCUGUUGCUGAGGAAAGAGGGCGAUCCAAAGGUCCUUCACAACAUAGCUGUUGCAGAGUACUUCCGGGAUGGUUGCCCUGAUCCAAAAAAGCUACUUGAUGUGCUUGAGAAGGUUAAGAAAAGAAGCGAAGAACUUGCUCGUGUAUCUGGAGAACAUACUGAAGCCGUUAAAAGUCUCGGAAGCAAUGGUACUGUCCAGUGCGCAGAGGUGUUUGACACAUCCAUUAUGACUUUCAACACUGCUGUAAUCCUUUAUCAUCUACAUGAUUAUGCACAUGCAUUAUCAGUUCUUGAGCCAUUGUUCCAGAAUAUUGGACCUAUCGAAGAGACAACCGCUUUUCAUAUAUGCCUUCUCUUACUGGAUACUGCUUUGUCUUCGCAAGAUGCAAAAAAAGCAUUAGAUAUAAUUCAAUACCUAGAAAAAUUUUUCGGAAUUGGUAGCAUGACAACCCAAAAUGACAAUGGAAGUGCAACUCAGCAUCAAUCUCUGAACCUGGUGAGAAGUCCUUUAAGAGGUAAUAAUAGUUCUGCACCAGAUGCCUCUGCUUUGGAUUCUAUUACUCCUGAGAACCCUACUAUCGGAAAUUUAUCUGAUGAUGCAUUGGAGUACGAGACCUUAUACUCAACAUUGGACAGUGGAGGCCAUCAGAAAUUGGAAAGGCCUUUUUCAAAUGAUCUGUCAAAGCCAUCUUCUGAUUCAGCUUCUACAACAGCCGAUCUGAAAUUAAAAUUACAACUUUUCAAAGUUCGGCUUCUGCUUCUCACUAGGAACCUAAAGGUCGCAAAGCGCGAGCUUAAGCUCUCUAUGAACAUGGCUCGUGGCAGAGAUUCAUCAACGGAGCUCCUUUUAAAGUCUCAGUUAGAAUACGCUCGUGGCAACCAUCGGAAAGCUAUAAAAUUAUUGGAGGCUCCUAAUAAUAGAACAGAACCAGCAAUGGCUACUAUUUUCAAUAACAAUUUAGGGUGCAUUUAUCACCAGCAAAGAUCACACCAUAUAUCGAGCUGGUUCUUUAGCAAAGCACUGAGGAACUGCUUAUCAUUUCGUUUAGAGAAGCCUAUGAAUCUUGUUACCUUUUCUAAGGAUAAAUCCCGUCUCAUUUCAUAUAACUGCGGUCUUGAGAAUUUAGCUUGUGGGAAGCCACUUCUCGCAGCCUCUUGCUUUCGAGAAGUGCUUCCGCUGUUCUACAACCAGCCACUUUUCUGGCUCCGAUUUGCAGAAUGCUCUCUACUAGCACUGAAGAUGGGGCUUUUAAGUUCAGCCGGGGCUUCUUCAGGUGAUGAAGAGGUUAAAGUUCUUGUGGUAGGUUCAGGUAAAUGGCGGCAAGUAGUUAUCAAUCCUUUGAGCUCAAGAAAAAACCGUUCUGAUUCUACUGAGAAAAACCGGGGCUGGAUCUCACUUCCAUAUGCUCGCCAGUGUCUGUGUAAUGCUCUAUUAUUACUUGAUAGUUUUGAAAAGGAAACGGCAAAAGACAGUACUUUAGAUUCUACAUCAGAAGCUAAUUCAAAUGCUAAGACAGAUUCGAAAGCAUCAAACACAACAUCAACACCCACAACAGCCAAUUCAAAUGGCGAUCCUAAGGGAGGUCUGUUAAAUUCAAAUGCCGCUUUACAGAGCUCUGUUGCGUUAUAUGAAGAGUUUCGUCAGAAAGAAAAUUACUAUGUAAAGCAGGCCGUGCUAGGAGACCUAGCAUAUAUUGAGUUGUGCUUAGAGAACCCCGUAAAAGCACUUUCUGCUGCAAAAUCACUUCAGGAUCUUCCAUACUGCUCCAGAAUCUAUAUUUUCCUCUCCCAUGUGUACGCAGCAGAAGCACUUUGCCAGCUUAACCGGCCGAAAGAAGCUGCAGAGCAACUUUCAACUUAUAUCAUUGAUGAUGGGAAAGAUGUCAAAUUACCAUAUCAAGAUGAAGACCUAGAAAACUGCUUCCUUGAGAAGCUCGGAGAAAGAGAGGAUUCGAAUGGUCUAGAAGUUUUCAGAAAAAGCCAAGAGGGCUUACAAGAUCUAGGGUUUCUGAAGCCUGAGGAGGCUCGUGGGGUGCUCUAUGUGAAUUUUGCCACCAUGUUUGCAUUGCAGGGAGAUCUCGAGCGGGCUAGCUUUUUUGCAAAGCAGGGGCUUGUCUCCUUGUCUGAUAAUCCGAAAGUGCUUCUCACAUCUAUCUACGUGGACCUUCUACAGGGAAAAGCACAUGAGGCUCUUGCAAAGUUGAGGCAGUGGAGACAUGUGACGUUUGUCCGACAAAGCAGUUCAACGGUGAGCAGCUAAAGUUGUGGCCAGGUGAAAUGAAUUCGUAUUGAUGGAAUGCGGUUGAUCCAAGUUCAACCCCAAAUCCUAGGGUUUUUGUGUACCAUACAGAAACAAUGGGUCUUGGAAUAAGCUUUAUUGAAACAAAUCUAUUGGCCCGGUGUUGGCGCAAAUUGAAGCCUUUGAGAAAGAUCAUUGAUUCGAGAAAAUGGAUGCAAAAACUACCUACAGACAAAAGAGAGGGCUGGAUUAAAGCCAUGUAAGUCUGUCUCUUAAUCAAAUCAUUUUAGAGAUAUUCUGUUUAAUUCAAGUUGAUAAUUGACUUUUUUCUUUACCUAGUUCUAACAGAUGAUAGAAUUUUUCUGUUAGGAGAAAAACAGUAGAAGGUCAAGGUAGGGGAGAUCCCUCUUGAAAGUGUUGUAGGAACAUAAAAUCGUUGUCUAGGUGUUGUUUGAAUGAAAGAUUAGGUUCUGGUAGAGUGAAAAAAAAUUAGGCAGGUUGUUGUGAAGGUGAAAAAAAAAAAAUUAUUUCAAUACUAUCAUGUGCUGAUGUCUUUCGUAAAUGGGUGAAAACUGUUCUUUCAUUUUGUCUGGCCAUUUGUACUUACAAUUUACGGUUACUAUGUUUCUUAUCAAAAUUCUCACACGAGGGCCAUGCAUAUUA